AUGGCUGCCUUGGAGGCGGCUGACCUUUACUUUAGCACGUCACAGGCGAGCAUCGAAGAGAAGGUCGCCUCCACGCUCUUGGUUGGGCUGACGUUUGGCGGUCUUGGGGGGACGAUUGGCUAUCUGAUGGACCAGCGUCUUUGGCGUCUUCAGGAGCGAGAAUGCGAUCUGGCGGAUGACCAGUACAGUGAACGUACACUUUCCGGCCGAUCGAUGAGCAUUAGCGCGAUGGAGAAGAAGAAGGGACUUCUAACCAGCCCCGUCGGCUUGAUGGGGCUCGGUGGGCUGGAGAAGUCAGGGACGACGGAAAUGGUCGUGUAG